CAAGCGUGAUCGGGGUUUUCUAUUGGAGAAGCAGUUUCUGCCCAUSUUUAUAUUGUACGGUCUUUGCUGUGAUCAUGCGCAAUUCGUAUUUUGCUUUCAGGAACCGGAUGAGGGCUGGUUCCCGUGCUGACGUCCUUGGCAAACAGCGACACGUGGAGGACCAAAAUGCAAAGACAACAACAGUACUCGCUUUAGCGUCACCCAGGUUGACAAGAUUAUCAACGUCCAGGAAAAACAACGAUGUUGAGGAGGAACUACAACGACAUAAGGUAGAAAGUUGUUUAUGACUAUUUUGUCGAUAUUCCAUCGUUUUGCACGUUCAUUGUCGUGUGUCUGUCUCGGAUGCUGUACAUUAACUGGCUAUGCAUUUGCGUCUAAACUACACUAAUCCGGUUUUAGCCCCCAUGAUAACCACUCGUGGAGUUGCAACGGGCUUUCAUUGUGCAGCAAAAGCAAUGAGCGCUGCAGCAGGUUCAUCGUCAUUCGAGCCUCCAGAGCAUUCUCUGCCUGGAGUCCAGGAAACACGCCCUGGGAGCCCGCCGCGACUGCGGAGACUGGUCGACAUUCCGGGAUGCCAACCGGACCGAGUCAACGACUUGCUUCUACUCAGUACUUUGGAUUCACAGGGACGGUGCGGUUCAGACGCCYAAUAUCGCAGUGCACAUGUUGUGUUUUUCCCUGGAGACAUACAGAACUUCCAGCAGGAGAUGUCGCUCCAGCCAGAGGGGGCGCAGUGGCUGUCCUGGAGCCUGGAGAACGUCGCCCUCACCCUGGGUCGCCGCUUCCCUGACCGCCACGUGUGGGUGAUCCGAGCCUCCCGCAUGUACCUGCACAAGUUCAGCUGCUAUCACAACUUUGUGGAGAGCAACCUGUUUGGAGCGCCCGAGCACUCACCUGACUARGGAGCAUUUCGCCACCUGAGGUAUCCCAUCUCGGCACUGCUGAGCAACGGCAUGGAGCGAGCUGGCUUGCCUAACCCCCUCCCGCUUCAAAGGGGUAGCGACACAGUCGCCCCGGGUUUCUCCUUGGCCGUGGUUGGCUUCAGCAAAGGCUGCGUGGUGCUCAACCAGAUGGUGUACGAGCUGGCGAGGGCGCGGGCUGACCCGGAGCUGGGGCCAUUUGUGGAGCGCCUUUCAGACAUGUACUGGCUGGACGGUGGCCACCCGGGAGGCAGCGAGACCUGGGUGACUGACAAGCGGGCGCUGGGGGAACUGGCGGCCAGCGGGGUUGCGGUCCACGCCCACGUGACACCGUACGAGGUGCGUGACCCCAUGCGAGCCUGGGUGGGCCGAGAGCAUGGUCGCUUUGUCAAGAAACUUGAGGAUCUAGGGGCCCGACUCAGCCAGAAGCUGCACUUUGAGGAUGAGCCCGCAUCCAUCGAGAACCACUUCCGGAUCAUCCAGGAUUUCUGAGGGGCAACAGUUGACUAUUCCUCAAGUGCAGCAGCUCCUUCCAUUGAACAUUGUCUUGAUAUCAAGUGACAUACUGUGGUGACUUGGAGUGGGCCUCUCUUUCACCAACGAACACUUGGUGGUGUUUGUGUGGAACAACUACAUUUCCUGCUGUUGCUUGGGUCAGAAUGUCCCGUAACUUGUUGUAAAUUGAUUUAUGUUCAGUGAUGGACUUUGAGUUGGAGGUUAGCUUAAAUGAAUCUUGGAGGCUGUUGUUCAGCAUUCAUACUGUAUUCCAAUAGACUAGAGUGAUAUCUCUUGGUAAGAUUAUAGAGCUGCUUUUGCACUACCAUGCUGGAUUUCUGGUGAUUAUUGUUUCAAUGGCUACUGAAAUGCAAUGAAUAUACUUUUCUACUUCAUAGCCAUUCCAUUUUUUUGAAAUGCUGUUUUUGUUUAACACAUGCUAUUCCAUAGCUGCUGUUGUAUGAUUAGCACAUUUAGAGAAAAAAAAUGACCAACUCUUAAAAUAUACAAUACUGUUGAAAUGUG